GUGAAAGGGGGAAGUUGAGAGGUCACAAUGUUGUUGUCUUUGUGCGAAGGAGUGAGGCUCCAUCUCGAAUCACUCUUCCCUCUUCCCCGAGUCCUUUCUACACUCUUCCCCCGGGUUUAUAACCCUCCCGAACCUCUCCCCGUCUACCCUUACAACCCCAACCCUCCCCCCGGUCACCAUCCAGCGGACGAACCGGGUAAGUCCGCCCGGCAAGAUCAUCUCUGUGACCAAAGACGACCCUCAUUUGACACAAAACCUCUUCAGACGCCAGUUGCAGCUAUGGACUCCGGUGUAAUUGAAGGCGGGCUCAAUGUCACCCUUACCAUUAGGCUGCUCAUGCAUGGCAAGGAAGUCGGGAGCAUUAUUGGAAAAAAAGGUGAAUCUGUGAAGAAGAUGAGAGAAGAGAGUGGGGCGCGCAUUAACAUCUCUGAAGGCAACUGUCCCGAGAGGAUUAUUACUUUGGCAGGGCCAACCACAGCCAUCUUUAGAGCAUUUUCCAUGAUCAUCGAGAAACUGGAAGAGGACAUCAGCAGCUCAAUGACGAACAGUACAGCCGCCGGGAAGCCCCCGGUGACUCUGCGCAUCGUGGUGCCUGCCAGCCAGUGUGGCUCCCUCAUUGGCAAAGGUGGCUGCAAGAUCAAGGAGAUCAGAGAGUCGACCGGUGCUCAGGUUCAAGUGGCAGGAGACAUGCUCCCCAACUCCACAGAACGUGCCAUCACUAUAGCUGGCACGGCCCAGUCUAUAAUCGAGUGCGUGAAGCAGAUCUGUGUGGUCAUGCUUGAGUCUCCCCCUAAAGGAGUCACCAUUCCUUACCGACCCAAACCUUCAGGAUCCCCUGUCAUCUUUGCAGGGGGACAGGCGUACACAGUGCAAGGACAGCACGCCAUUCCACAGCCAGAUUCUUCCUCUGCUGCUAUCUCUCCACAGCUCACCAAGCUUCACCAGCUUGCUAUGCAGCAGAGCCACUUCCCCAUUGCACACGGCAACCAGGGAUUCACUGGGAUUGAUGCCUCUGCUCAACCCGAAUCUCAAGAGAUGACCAUUUCAAAUGAUCUCAUCGGCUGCAUCAUUGGCCGCCAGGGGGCCAAGAUUAACGAGAUCAGGCAAAUGUCGGGCGCGCAGAUCAAGAUUGCAAAUCCAGUGGAUGGGUCGACCACCCGGCAGGUUACCAUCACAGGCGCGCCCGCUAGCAUCAGUUUGGCCCAGUACCUCAUCACCGCCAGGCUCUCCUCUGAGACCACAGGACUGGCCAGCAACUGAUGAGACUGCACCUGCACUAAAGCUCUCACACACAAACACACACACACACACACGCACACACUUAUAUUCCACCACCUAAUCUUCGUCGUUAGAAAAUCACAACAUUCGACCAUUUAUUCUUAUUUAUUUUCUUUUAGUGACCAGCAGCAAACCCUUCAGAGUAGAUUUUAAUUAUGUCACUUUGUUUUGAUUGGCCAUGAAGGUUUUUAUGAAUAUUUUGCCUUUUCCCUGCCUCCCGUGUUAGUUGGCAUCCCAGAGAGGACAGGAGAGUAGAUUUAGUUGUGUUCAGAUACUUCCUAUUUUCUUGACGCAAAUAAAGGAUCCAAAAGAAGAAAAGUGACUGUUUUAUUCCUUUUCUCCCCCCUUCUGUGAUUUUAUUUUGGCUGCUUUUCUUCCACGUCGCUCACACACUCUCAAGAAGGCAUGGUUGUUUUUUUUUGUUGUCAUUCAUUCCUGUCGUUGUCUCUCUUCUGGGAUCAUGUUUUUGGGGGAUGGGAGUUUUUUCAAGGGGAAGCAGAGGGCUCUCUUCGCUUUUUGUAAAAACUGAUAUAUACAGAAAAAAAUUGUUUUAAAUGGAAGAAGUAUUUUUUUUGUACCAAAGGAAGGAAGUCAAAAGUGGUGAGGCUUAAAAAAGAAGAGAAAGAAAGAACAGCUUGUUUCCUGCUCUUUGCUUUGCUCAAGUCUGAUUUUUUUUCUUCUAUUAUUGUUUGCAGGGAAGAAAAAAACAUUUGUGCACGUUCUUUUCUCUUGAGACUGUAGAUCUGGGUGCCACAAAAUUGUUAAAAAAUAAAGAUAUUAAAGGCUCUAAACACA